AGGACGACGACCAACUCUCACUUUUGACUCUCUACACUGCUCUUGAAAGACGGAAGAAUAAGGUAGGAAAGCCUCUUCCCUUCCAAAAUGGCUGCAUCGACAGCCAAGUUGCCUGCAAUAGAACUGCCCUGGGUGGAGAAGUACCGCCCGCAUCUUCUCGAAGACAUUGUCGGCAAUGAAGAGACCGUUGAUCGCCUCAAAGUCAUUGCACGCGAUGGCAACCUGCCACACAUCAUCAUCUCUGGUAUGCCAGGUAUUGGGAAAACCACAUCCAUCCACUGUCUAGCCAAUGCGCUGCUCGGAUCCGCAUACAAGGACGCAGUUCUCGAACUCAAUGCUUCAGACGAGCGCGGCAUCGAUGUCGUUCGCAACCGCAUCAAAGCAUUUGCUCAAAAAAAGGUAACGCUGAAACCUGGUCGUCACAAGAUUAUCAUUCUCGAUGAAGCGGAUUCUAUGACGACAGGCGCACAGCAGGCUCUGCGCCGUACCAUGGAAAUUUAUGCAAAUACAACGCGUUUUGCACUUGCUUGCAACAUGUCGAGCAAGAUUAUUGAGCCCAUUCAAUCACGAUGUGCCAUUUUGCGCUAUACGCGACUCAGUGAGUCGCAAGUCAUGAAACGACUGCUUGAGCUCUGUCAAUUUGAGUCUGUGCAAUACUCGCAGGACGGUCUUGCAGCGCUAGUCUUUACAGCGGAGGGAGAUAUGCGACAAGCCAUCAACAAUCUACAGUCUUGUCAUGCAGGAUUUGGCUUUGUCAAUAGCGAGAAUGUCUUUAAAGUCGCGGAUCAACCUUCACCUGUUGCGAUCCAGGUGAUUCUCAAGUCUUGCCAUCGUGGCGAUAUUGACGCUGCAUUGGAAAAGUUGAGGGAGGUUUGGGAGAAGGGGUACUCGGCGGUGGAUGUCAUUACAACGCUAUUUAGAGUCACCAAGACGUUGGACACGUUGUCAGAGCCUGUUAAGCUGGAAUUCAUCAAGGAGAUUGGACAAACGCAUAUGAUUAUCCUCGAGGGCGUGCAAAGUCUGCUACAACUCUCUGGGCUUGUUGCUCGGUUGUGCAGAUUGGCCGUAGACCCAAAGGAGUUUGAACUCUGAAAGAACAUCAU